GUACUUUCAAUUCGGAAUUCGGUAUUAUUUGUUUUCUUUUGGGCGGUAGUGAUGUUCGCGAGCUCGAUUGUAAAGUGGAAGUCGAAUAAUUAAAUAGUUAAAAAUUAAAAUAAAAAAAAACACAUUCUUCUAGUACUAAUCAUAGUCCAGUAAGUGUUAAAAAAUCAAAUAAAUUAAACGGAAAACGAGAAAAAACUAACGCAAACGAAUGCAAUAAAAAUGUAAAUUUGUGAAUUUUGAUUUCUAUCUAAUCGUGGUUUGAGUGUAAUGUUAAAGUGGUUUCGUAUAUAUUAGUAGCUUGUUGGCUAUUCGAUUGGAUAUUGUUUAAUGUUUUUUUAACACAUACACAAUUUUAAACGUACAACAACAAUUAAUGAAGAAAAUAGUUAAUCAAAUUUAUGAUUAAUCAUAAUUCAUCUUAAAUUCCCCCAAAAAAAAGGUUACAAAAAACAAAAAUUUCUUAAAAUAUAAAAAAAUAAGAAAAAUUAACAAAAUAUCAAGUGAAAGAAUAAAAAUGUAAAGAUUUUUACAAAUUGGUCCAGACAAAAAAAAAGGAAGAGAAAAUCUUCGCCGUCUUCGCAAAUCAUUGUUGGAAGUUUUUUCUAUUAUUUGUGCGCAGGAACAGGAGAAAUGUUGAAAACGAUAAAAAUGAAGCAGUUCAAUGUGUCGGUCAUCGGCUUGUCCGGGACUGAAAAGGAUAGAGGCCAAGUAGGCGUAGGUAAAUCAUGCCUGUGCAAUCGAUUUAUAAGGCCCAUGGCUGACGAUUAUUUUAUAGAUCACAUAUCAGUGCUAAGUCAGAGUGAUUUUAGCGGUAGAAUUGUCAAUAAUGAUCAUUUCCUCUAUUGGGGUGAUGUACACAAAACAACCGAUGAGGGAACGGAAUACACAUUUCAUAUAAUUGAACAAACAGAAUUUAUGGACGAUUCUACAUUCCAGCCAUUCAAGGUUGGCAAAAUGGAACCUUAUAUAAAGAGAUGUACCGCCACAAAAGUAUUUUCACAAGAAAAACUCAUGUACAUUUGUAAAAACCAAUUGGGCAUCGAAAAGGAAUAUGAGCAGAAAGUAUUGCCAGAUGGCCGUUUAGUUAUCGAUGGUUUUAUUAUUGUAUUCGAUGUGAGCCCUGUGCCAAAUAGAAAUAUUGAGAAACAAGUAGAGUUUGUUCAGAAUGCCAUUACUUUAAUAUUAAAGAAUAAGAAACCUCUAGUGUUGGUGACAACAAAAAAUGAUGAUUCAAGCGAAAUAUACAUACGUGAAGCUGAAAAAAUUAGCCAACGUAAGGAAUACAAAGGAAUGGUGCAGUUGAUUGAAACAUCGGCACACGAGUCUAUAAAUACAGACUUGGCAUUCUUAGUGUUGGCGCAAAUGAUUGAGAAAGUAAAAAAUCGCAUCAAAAUUAUACCAUAUCAUGAGGCUGCUCGAUCACGAAAGGAAUUGCUGGAAAGUCGCUCCGAAGCCGUGACACGUCUUAUACGUAAUCAAAUUACAGACUAUCAUAUACUUUGGUCGCAAGGCUCAAAAAUGCUUGCACAAUUUAGAGAGUGGACUGAGUUUCUUAAUAUAUUUGGCCAUGAUGCUGGACAAAAGCUAUUUAGACGGCAUAUGAAAAAGUUGAGAGACGAUCAUUUGAAUAAGAAAUUACAUCAGUAUUUGGAUAAGUUUGCUCGUACUCUCGAAUUCAUGUUGCCAGACAUAAAUGCCAUAUCAGCAAGUGACGACGAUGUUUGGGAAUGUGCCAAGGGCUAUAUUCGAAAUCAUUUAGAAUUUGACCAAUACUUCUUCGAGUGUCCCCAGGCAACUUGGCAGGAACUGGUCGACAUGGACGAGACUGAAGAUGAGCUUCGUAUACCUUUCGAUAUUUUGGAAACCUCUGAAUCCGAGACAGUCUUUAGGAAUUUUUUGAACUCAGUUCAGCAAGAUAAAAAGAAAAUCGGCUGGAAACAACAAUUUAAAAUGUUGUUGGAAGAGUCUGGCUUUGUUACCCCGGGAAAACAACUGUCAGAAGUUCGAGUUCUUUUUAUGGGACGCGAAUGUUUCGAGGCUUUAUCCGAGCAUGACUGUCAGCAAAUCUAUGAUAUUCACCAAGAUGAAAUUAUUGAAAAAAGUAAACAGAACUUUGUCGAACUACUUUUGGAACAUGCUCAGUUUUUUCAGCAAUUUAAAAAUGUCGAUAUUAUAACCCAAGAUGAUGUUAGACAAAUUACUGAUGUCCUCCAAGACGAUUCUAGGUAUAAGAUACUGGAUCGCUUGGAUCAGGAGAGACGUGUGAUUUUGUUUCAACACCUUGGCUUUAUGCAUUGUCCUAUACGUGACCAUUGCCCGUUUUACCAUAGUUGUGUUGACAAUUUGGUCGAAGAAAUUCUAGCCGACAAAUCAGGUGGAAAUCUUAAAACGUUGGGUGGUGGUGUUGGUAUUGUUGGCGGCGUUAAUGUCGGGGGUGGUGUUAACUGGAAAAAUCAAAGUACUGAUAAAACUCUUAAUUUGCUCAUUGUGGGUUCUGAACACUUGGCAAGUGAUUUGCUCAAUGACAUACGCAUGUGUACAGGCUCUAAGGGAGAAUACAUCUAUGAAAAUCAAACGUAUUAUCUUAACUAUCGCAUUGCUAAUGGCGACAUGGAAGCCUUCAAGGCCAUCGAUGUAUAUUCAAGUGGAUUAAUAUGUGUUUAUUCAAACCAACAGUCGUUUGAAACUCUUAAGGAUAAUCUAGAACGAACAUUACUUUGUAAUCUAGAGUUGGAAGAUAAAUUCGAAAAUCUACCAAUUGUUCUAGUUUACCAGCCUCAAGAUUUAAAAGAGAAUGAAGUAGAUUAUUUGCGUAACGAAGGUUUAAGGUUGGCCGAAAUGUUGCAUUGUGAUUUCAUUGACCACCAGCAGAAUCAUCAGAAAUAUGUGUAUGAUAUUUUAAACAUUGUAAUUGAUUCAUUAAGGGUCACAGAAAUGAAAUCACUCGAGUCGUAUCCACCAAAUCAAACCGACCUACGCAUUUUGGUUUGUAUGUUCUGUGGUGACCAAUACGACAUUGAAAACAUUGUUAAUCCCUUAACAACUGAGUCAACAUUUUGCAAAGCAGCUGAACAUUCCAUAGUAAUUGAUGUUUUCAUAGGAGACUCUAAGAAACGAGUCGAAUUUAUAAUUUCAUCAUAUCACGGUAUAAAUCAGUAUCGCGAUGAAUUAAUACAUGGUUUUAUUUUUGUAUACUCAGCCAAAAGACGCUCUUCAUUGGCCAAUUUGAAUGUUUUAGUUUCACAAAACUCCAAUAUACCACUGCAAAUAGUUGCGAUUACAGAAAGUGGUGGUGCCAAUGCAUUUUUUAGCAGCGAAAUCUGUCAAUAUCUAAUAACGGAAGGUAACUCAUUAGCCGAUCGUUACAAGGCUAGUUUUAUGACGUUCUCGGCAGAUCAAUAUGUUAAAUUUGCUUUCUACAGUCCUUUCUUAAAGAAUGCUUGGGAUAACAAGUAUGAAGUUGAAAAUUUACAUGUUGAGGAGUCAAUUACAUUGGAUUCGGGAGAAGGCACACUGGAGAAUUCGGUAAAUCAGUUACCGAGACCACCACCACGCCACGAAAGUUACAUGCUUUCAAGUACCCUAGGUACUGAUGGCUCUGGUAGUGAAAAUUACGAAAUGCUUCCUACUCGUUCUCUAAAUUCAUUAAAUGAAGAAAGAGACAUAUCGUUAGAUGAAAUCUAUGAAGAAAGCAACGAAAAGCCAAAAAUGCUUCACCAAAGAUUCCAGAUAUUUCCUCCUCCAACAACUCCUCCAGAGCCAGCUCCUCCAGAUCAUCAGCUCAUUACAUGCUCAUAUAAGAGCCAAUUCGUAUCAGCUUCCGAGUCUAGUUUGGAAGAAAUAACAUCGGAUGUCAGCGGGUCAAAGGAUUCAUUGGCUACACAUGAUGCAGAAUGGUUAGAUGAUAAAACAGAUGCUCGCCGUAAUGCAAACAAAAAUUCUAUUUGGAAUAAUUUUGGUGGCUCAACACAUGCUUACACUACUGGCCGUAGGCACAUAGACUCUAAUUUGAAUAAAAUUCGUCCAAAAGGUCCAAGUCAGACCCUAAAGCAACCAGGAAAGUUAAAUUUGAAAAACUUUCAACUAGUUAGUGAUGCUGUAGCAAAAAUGAAUUUUGGUGGGGAAACUUAUCUUCCCGGUUGCGAUGAUAAGGAUCCUAAACGUUAUACUCAAUUCGAGCAUUCCCAGUUGGAUGGUGAUGAAGAUGAUUCCGAAGAAUUAGCCGAAUAUGAGCAAAUAUAUGAAAACGAAGACUGCACCGAAUCGGAUAGUUGCGCCAGUUCUACUGAGCGAAAGGCGCGACAACAAAAUGCUUAUUACAAGCAGAUAAACAAGAAACCACCAGCCAAUAAGAAGACUAAGAAGAAGAAAGUUGCUAUACCUGUGCAAACACCUCGUGUUCCCAUGUUUGGCUCAUAUGUAAGCCCACCAGAAAUACCACUUCAUUAUCAGAGGAUGGUCGCCACCGAAAAAAAGAAAAUAGGCGAACCUCCAAACAUUAAUGAUAUUAUUAAAACUGAUAAAUCUCCAGAAUAUACAAUGGUUCCAGAAGCACCACCACUAUUCGCUUCAGAUAAUCUGAGUGAGUUUAAUAUGAAUGCAAAAUGUUUAAAAGAAUUUGAAAAGACAGAAAAGCGUAGACUUAAAGAGGAAAGUGCAAGAUUGCGCAAACUGCAAGAGAAGGAAAAGGAACAGGAAAAGAAGCUCAAACGAAAACUUAAACAGAAUUCCAAAGGUUUUCCCGAUACAGAAUCUCAAUUUGAUAAAUUAAUGAUCUCGGACAAGGUGGAAAUUCCAAUAUUUUUAAUAAAGUGUAUAGAAUACAUAGAAAAAGAAGGUCUUGAUUCGGAGGGUAUUUACAGAGUACCAGGCAGUCGAGCUCACGUUGAUUUGUUGUUUCAAAAAUUUGAAGAAGACACCAAUACCGUGAUUGAGCUAUUAGACAUCCCAGUUAAUGCAGUUGCUACAGCAUUAAAAGACUUUUUUUCUAAGCGAAUGCAAGCAUUAUUUAGCAAGGAUAUUAUAAAGGAACUCGAAGAGGUUGCUGGUUCCCGAGGUAUAGGUUCUAAAAUGAAUGUGGAAGUGAAAACUGACAGGAGUUGCCGAUUAAUGGCUUUAAAAACACUUUUGGAAAAGUUGCCACCAGUUAAUUUCGCAAUACUAAAAUAUAUAUUUCAACAUUUUGUACAUGUUUCGGACAAUUCCAAACUGAAUAGCAUGGAUAGUAAAAAUUUAGCUAUAUGCUGGUGGCCAACAUUGAUUCCUAUAGAUUUUACGGAUAUGGGUCAUUUCGAGCAAUUACGUCCCUAUUUAGAAGAUAUUGUGCAAACAAUGAUUGAUCAGUAUCCAUAUCUAUUCUGUGGCGAAGAUGCCUUCGUUAUGGUAUAAAUAAUUUAAAUAUGCAUCAAAACAGUAUUUUAUAUACUAAAUAUAUUUAUUGGGUACGUGUGGGUAGGUGUGUGUAUGUAUGUAUCUAUGUUUGAGCGUCUGUUUAACAAUUGUUGUUUAACAACAAAUGCAAGCAAACACUUUAUAGAAAGGAACAUAAAACAGCACAAACGACAAAAUACUUUUAAUAGUAUGUAACUAAUAUUCUGAUCGAAAAACAAAACAAAACAAAAAAGUAAUUAAUUAUGCUCAGCUAAUAAAAUGAAAAUUGUAUUUUAUUUCAUUGUCAAUGCAAAGUAUUGUAUGUGCAAGUAUUGUAUGCCUGUGCGUGAGUGUAUGUGUAUGUGUAAUUCAUUCAAUUUUAUUUAAUAGUUGAUUUUUAUUAAAUUAUAAAAUAUUCGAUUAGAUAAAUGUAUGUAAAUGUUUGUGUGUGUGUUAAAAAAAAUAAAAAAAAAACUAUAUUGAAUAACGAAAGCAAAUUAUGAAAAAAAAUUAUAGUUGUAGUUAAAUCGAAAGUGAAAUUAAUUAAAAACUUCCCUCUGAAAACAUGAUCAAGUAAAUCUAGAUAGAACCCCAACCAACACCUAUUACAAAGUCAAUAAUAAUACUCUUAAAUUGUAAACAAAUUCACAUACAAUUUACUCGUAUAAAUAAAUUUAGUUUAAUCUAUCCAUUUGCUCUUUUUGUUUAUAACUUGUCACUGAAUCUCAUUAUCACAACAUUUAAAAAGGAAGAAAAUAACAAGCUAAAUAUUAAAGAUGAGCAUUAAUACAAAGAAUAAGACAAACUUGACGAUUGGAGGUCCCACAAAAUUUAAAAAAUAUAUUGUUCAAACAUUUAAAUAAUGGUCUGAUUGCAAGUGGUACGAAUUGAAAAUUAAAAUGUUCCAAUUUAUAUUGUAAUAUCCAGUAAAAAUUUAAGCGCUUAAGAAAAACAGCACUUCGAAAAUGGAAUAUCUUAGAAGCUGUAGUUUAGGGGAAUAAACGAUAAAUUUUAAGCGAAAAACACAAAAGCUAAAUACUUUUGAUAAAUGUUCGUGGGCUGGGAUACUAUUUUCUUUAUAUAGACAAUAAAUAUAUCAAAUGAAAGUCAAUUCAAAGGCCUUUCCCUUCGUUGGUGAAAGGUACUCUUAUUUAACAUUCGGUACAAUCGAAUAAAGCGCUCUGACUUGUUCUAUAUAAAAUAGUAAAAAAUGCACAAAAUAAUUUCAAAUAACUAAGCAAAUAUACAGAAAUAUGCUUAGGAAAAAUAUAAAUUAAAGCUUUAAAUUAAUUUUAUUAUAAUAAAGAAAUUGGUUACAAAGAACAUUACAAUGUUUUUCCACAUGUGAGGAGCCGCAGAACAAAAGGUACUUUUUCGCUCAUUUAAAAUUUUUGGGAAAUUGAGUUUUAUUUAUUUCGCCCCUUAAACAACUGCAUGAAGCUGGAAAUGGUAACAGGUUUCUUACUUAUCAAUAUAUACAUCUCAAUGAAUUUUUGAAAAAAUGCGAAAAAGUACCUUUUGUUCUGCGGCUCCUCAUGUUGUAUUACAUAAAAUGAACAAAAAUAUUUUGUGCAAAAAUUAAAAACCAUUCACACAAAAAGUAUGAUGACAGAAAUUAUUUUUGUCUUCAAAGACAGUCAAAACUUUUCUAAAAACAUGUGAAAAGCUCACUUUUCAAUCAAAAAUACUUGAAAAACUUGCCCAGGUAAUGAAUUUUAUAACUCUGAUGUUUUCUCAAAAUAUGUAGCACAUUUAUUAAAAAAUAUAUGUAUACAUAAAUACUCAACUCAAACAUUUUUAAAUUUUUAUAAAAUAAUCUUUCAAUUUUGAUAUUUACUUAUAAAUAAAGUUCGUUUCAAUUUUAUUCAGACCAUUAUUUAUUUAAAAUUUCAAUUGCAUAGCAUUUCUGUAGGUUUAAAACUUUUAGUGUUUUUACUCUGGUCUAAUUUUCAAUCGUUGAGAAAUAUGUUUUUGCUCCGAUAUCGAAAAAAAGAGGAAGUAAAAAAGAAACGUGAAUUAAUUAAUACGCUUAAUAGUAAUUAAAAAUCCUUCAGAUGAUUGUAUAGCUGAAGACUAUCGAAAAAAUAAUUUCAUAUCAUAAAACAAAUAAAAAAAAUAUGAAAACAAAAAUAAUCUCUCUCAAAUUAACUCGAAUAUUGAUAGAAGACAGUAAUUGAAUUUUGUUGGAAAAAAGUUGUUCGAAACUCUAAACUAUUUAAUGUUUCAUAUGUUUAUGUUGUAUUUAUAUCUGUGUUAUUUCUACUUGCUCCUAUUUGUAAACAACUAUUGCAAUUACUCUCUCUAUUGUGUAGUGGAAGACUAUUAUAUACUUGUCCCUUUUGUUACAUUUUUUACUAUCGCAGCACUAUCGACGUUUUUACACAACCAAUUAAAAGUUCAUUGAAAAUUGUUGAUAAUGAACGUAAAUCGAAAACUAACUUACUAAUAAUGUGUGUGCCAUUUCAUAGUAUUAAUUAAACAUUUUUUACACAAACAAAAUGAAACUAGUAUUUUCAAAUUAUGAUAACCAUGUGGCCAUAUUAUUUUCAGAGAAAAAUAUGAAUGAAAUCGUGUUUGAUACGCAAGCAACAUUACAUAGUUCACAUUUUCAAUGAAACAAUUUAACGUGCGUUAUUCAAAAAUUCUCUCAAACAUUUGAAAUUAUUAAUGGAAUUGAGGAGGAGCUUUUAUCGAUUGGAACGUAAACAUCUGGGCUUAAUUUUUUUUAGAAAGUAGUAAAAGGGGCGGCUUAUAUUAUUAAAAUCAUCCUUUGUAUGUGUAUGUACUUUUAAAAAAAGAAUAUUUAAAUAAAUAAUAUUUUAUAAAAUGCUAUACUCGUAUUUUUAAGUGUGCAUUAAAUAAACACUAGAAAAAAAAAAGAAAAAACAAAAAUAAAACAAAUACAUAUUCAUAGGUGUUAUUUCUUUAAAAACAUAAAAUUAUAUGAUAUUAAUAAAAUAACAAAUUCAAAACGAAUGAAUGAAUGUAUUGUAUUGACAAACAAUUAUACAUAAAUAUAUAAUUUAUACAAUGUCUUUAUAUUUAUGUAUGUAUGUGUCUAAAACGCACCAUAAUCUUCCUGAUUAAAAAUAAUUUGAAUAAAAAACAUAUUCAAAAUAGUUAUUAAACCAACAACAAAUAUUGUAUUAAGUAUAACAAAUAAAUUAGUGUAAUUUGUAUGUAUAAAACAAAAAAAUAUAUAUGUAUGUGUCUGUGUCUAUUGCAUAAACAAACAAAAAAUAAAUAAAAAUAAACAUAAAAAAAACAAUUAUCAAAUAAUUUAUAAUUAACUAAUUAAUUAAUAAUAUAUAUUUACUACUAAUUAAUGUGAUGUGGUGUAUUGAUAUUUUAAAGAAAAAAGGAAAAACAAUAAAAUAAUAAAAAAAAAAUGCAUAUAAAAUUA